UGUUUGUGAAUUUUUCUCUAUUCGUGUCGAUUUGAAGCUCUCCAAAAAGACCUGACCCAUUUUUUUACCCAACUUGUGUAUAUAAAAAUAGAAUGGGCGAUUAUCAAAAGAUCGUGGUCAAGAAGAAUCCCAAGGUAGCUUCUCGUAAAAACCCGGAAACCAGGUACUGGCGUCGGUUCAAGUCUCCCAUCUUGAUCAAAGAAUAUGCCAGCAUUCCCUCCAUUUAUUUCUCGCCUGUGGCACCCUAUGAUUUUGCAGUGACCUCUUCGACUCGUGUACAGAUCUAUUCCUCAAAGACUCAUCAACCGAAAAAGACCAUUUCUCGAUUCAAAGAUAUUGCUUACUCGGCUAGUUUUCGUCACGAUGGCAAACUCGUAGUUGCAGGCGAUGCCACCGGUUUAGUCCAAGUCUUUGAUGUUAAUUCAAGAGCCAUUCUCAGAACUUUCCGCGAACACACCAUGCCUGUGCAUGUGACUCGAUUUUCCAAGAAUAAUGUAAAUGUCCUGUCGGCUUCGGAUGAUCGAACGGUGCGUGUGUGGGAUAUACCAACCGAAGCCAGCGUCAAUGUGUUUGAGGAUCACGAGGAUUACGUUCGAACCGGGCUGGUCAGCGACGAGAAUCCCAAUUUAGUGAUGACGGGUUCGUACGAUCAGACCGUCAAAUUAUGGGAUAUGAGACAGAACGGUUGUGUGAUGACGAUGAAUCACGGUGCGCCGGUGGAAUCGAUCUUGAUGUAUCCUGGUGGAGGGGCCGUGGUGUCGGCGGGCGGACCUACCUUGAAAGUGUGGGAUUUACUAGGUGGUGGACGAUGCAUGCAUGCUAUUUCCAACCAUCAAAAGACGAUUACCAGUUUAUGCUUCGAUGGUUCGUCGUCACGACUGGUGACGGGUUCAUUGGAUCAUCAUGUCAAGGUCUACAACGUGGAAGAUUACAAGGUGGUGCACAGCGUCAAGUACCCUGCACCUGUACUGAGUGUAGCUCUGUCACCGGACGAUUCCCAUCUUGUCGUUGGUAUGGCCAACGGCUUAUUAUCCAUUCGUCAGCGACAAAUCAAAUCGGCCGAAGUCGCGGCCAAAAAGCAAAAAGACGAGCGUCUCCGCACGGGCGCCUACAAAUACUUCACACAGACACGGCAAGACGAUUUCGUGGUGGAAAGAGAGCGAACCAAGCGUCUGCGUAAAUACGAUCAGUUCCUUAAAAAGUUCCAGUACGGUAAUGCGUUGGAUGAAGUAUUACGAGAGGGAGUUCACGAGCCUGCGGUGGUAGCCGCCUUGUUACUGGAAUUGAUCCAUCGCGACGGUUUAAAGACCGCCAUUACCGGUCGAGACGACGUGUCAUUAGAACCCCUGGUGCGCUUCUUGAUCAAACAUAUCCAUCAUCCUCGAUACACCAAUUUGGUGAUCGAUGUUACCGAUGCCCUGAUUGACAUUUAUUCUCCUGUGUUUGGUCAAUCUCCAAUUAUGGAUGAUUUGUUGAAACGACUAUUAUUCAAGGUCAAGCAAGAAGUUGCUUUCCAAAAAGAAUUAGCUCAAACUGUGGCCAGUCUGGAUAUGUUAUUUGCUAGAUCCGGAGCAAGUAGUAGCGCCAGUUUGAUCCACACAGCACCUUCAUCCACCGUAGCAUCUCCUCGUCUUCAUUAAUUAAGCAAGAUCACCAUCAUUCCAACACGAUUUGCAUUGAUAAAAAAAUAAUAAAAUGUCCCGGAAAGAAAAAAAAG